AAGUCUUUUUUUUUUAAGAUUUCCCGCCAUCAGACAUAACUAUAUUUCACUUCAAAGGAAAUUUCAGCCAUCGGCUCCUGCUAUUAAUCGCAAUGGUCUGUGUUUGAGAAUCCUUAACUUCACUGCUUUUCUGUGUUUUAAUAGAUAAUCUCAUCACUCUCUUAUUCUGUUUUGCAAGCCACGAUAAUGCCUGCCCAGGAUGCAUUCAACACACUUCCUGAUUCUCUUCUUUGUUACAUAUUAUCAAAAACUCCAAUAAAAGAUGCUGUCAAAUCUUGUUUUCUUUCCAAGUGGUGGAGGUUUCUUUACACCCAGAUGCCUGAACUCACUUUUUCUUGCACUUCCCUCGACCAGCUCCUCAUGUCAAGCGUUGAGAACAUUAUUUCCAACAUCUUGCUUCUGCACUCAGGCAAUCUGGAGGCAUUUCACCUCCACAACACCUGGUUAGAUCAUACCCACUUCUCUCGUGAAAAUGUAUGUAAAUGGGUAAGGUAUGCCUCUUGGUGUAAUGUCCAACACCUCACUCUGUUUGAUCACAAUGUGACUUUUGCAGCAGAGCUCGACGGUGCUUUUAAAGAACUCCCACCCCAUGCUCUCUUUUCAUGCUCACGUCUGGUAACCCUGUAUCUGUGAGAGUAUGUUCUCACCAGUUUCCCAGCCAAUUUCGUUGGACUCCCCCACCUCAUUACUUGUCAUCUCUGAAAUGUUCAAUUGACAGAUGAAUCUUUAGUCUCCUUGAUUUCACUCUGUCCCCUUAUGCAAAAGCUUGAAAUAAUAGGAUAUGCUGGGCUAGGUAAUGCCACAAUCGUUUCAUCCACUAUUGAACACUUGAGGAUAGAAAGCUUAAAGUCUCUAUUUGUUAACUGUCCCAAACUCAAAAUUCUGUCGGGGUACAUGAUUGAGGAUUUGAGUGUGAAUGGUGUAAGGUUUUAUGAGCUUUCUUAUGCCAUCUUUUAUCUUGAAAUGCACUGUGGAGGUACUUUGAGGGAAUUGAAAAUGGAUUAUUCACAAGGACACAGUCCAGGAGUUGUUCCAGGCCUUCAGCAAGUAGAUUCCUUCAUAUCAUGGGCAACUUCCAGUCCUUGAAGGGACUUCUCAUACACCUGGGGCAUCCCUUUGAAAGAGAAGCAGAGAUGGAUGUUCCUCUACUGAACUUGCUUCACAGGCUUCCAAAUUUUCAGUGGUUACAUAUGGCGGGCUCCUUUGUACCGGAGUUGGAAAGAAAUCCCAUACCUGUUUGCCUCACCUCACCUCAUGUUAACCUUAAGAGAAUACGCGUAGAAGUAUUUGAGUUUGAUGACAAAGAGAUUGCAGUAAUAAGUUGCUUGCUCCAGAGUUUGCCCUUUCUUGAAAGAAUGGAAAUUCAGCUACUUGAUGACAUGGAUGAAGGUCUAUGUACGUACUUCUUUAAAGAUAUUUUAUAUCUGAGGAGAGCAUCUUUACUGGCAAGGAUAAUUGUAACGAAUGCUUCGGACGAAAUGUAGGACAAAACUAUGACACUCGAACUUUAUAAUGUGUCCUCUAUAAUAACUUCUUUGGUAUUUGGUUCCAUGCUCAGGUUGUUAAUGUUGUUGAAGCUCCAUUUGCUUUUACUACGAUUUCUUU